AUCGUCUCUCUUCUCUUCCCAGUCUAGGAUGACGGGGUCCCCAAACUGGAGAGCCAUGCAGGACACACGCAGGUACCGGCACCACUACCCGGAUUUGAUGGAAGGGGACAGCAAUGGUGACAUGCCAAACCUGAGUUUCUACAAAAACGAGAUCCCGUUCCGGCCCAAUGGCUAUUACAUUGAGUAUAUUCUUGAGAAAUGGAGGGACAACUACGACCUCCUGGAGGACAACCAUUCCUACAUCCAGUGGCUGUUUCCUCUGCGGGAGCCAGGGGUGAACUGGCAUGCCAAGCCCCUCACGCAGCAGGAGAUCGAGGCCUUUAAAAGCUCCCAGGAAGCCGGGCAGCGGCUUGUCCAGGCCUACGAGCUCAUGCUGGGGUUCUACGGAAUCGAGCUGGAGGACCGGGACACAGGCAAGGUGCGGCGAGCCCAGAGCUACCAGAAGCGCUUCCAGAACCUCAACUGGUGAGGACCCCAGCGGGGUAGCUGGCACAGCCAGGUCUCAGGCUGAGGAGGGGACUGUGCUCGGCUUCUGGCAAGUGCCCGGAGCCCUUGUGGGAGCAGGGACAAGCGACUGGGCUGAGCACCCUGCUCCUUGCUUGCAGGGUG